AUGGAGGAGCCGACGGACGCCCCCGCCAGGGAGGCCGAAGGGCUGCAGCCACUCGCCGCCGCGGAGGCGGCUGCGCCGUCGGACGCCGCGGCGCGCCCUUGUCGUGUGUCGGUGCCGCUGAGACGCCCGCGUCGCGGUCCCUCGCCGGAGGACGUGUCCAGUGGGACGCGCCACGCCGCGGAGACCGGCGCCAUGGGCGUGCUGGCAGGGCGGGAGCGACUCCCCGCCGUGUGCCGUAACCCGGCGGUGGGGCGCCUGCAGUACAGCAGGGCGGGGGACGCCGUGGUGCGCUCCGCGUGGGGCACCGUGCGCAGCCCAACAGGCACGGCGGCGGCUGCCGCUGCGUCGUCGUCUGCGCCGCGCACCACCGCGGCAAAGACAAGGCCGUCGACGACGCGGUGCCCGUCGUGGGGGAAGUUCGCGUUGCGGCAGGAACAGCAUCUUGCGCCCAUAAAGCAGGUCGCAAACACCGCCACGGCCGCACCCUGCGUCACCGCGACGAAGCCACCGGCGCCAUCAAGCAGGAGGAACUCUCCAGAGCUGAUCGUGUCGCCGAGCAAACACGCCUUGUUUGAUCGGGCCUACGAGGGACUCCUGCGAGAGCGCACAAUCCUCGAGAGGAUAAGCGCAAUUGUGGAAGAGGUGCGGAACGCGGCGAUCUCCGACGCUGCAGCGGCUGCCGAGGCGAGUAACGAGCUGCACAUUAUGUACAACCCCCUCGCAGACGCCACCGCCCCUCCGUGGACAAAAGAGGACACGAGCGUUUCGGCGGAAGUCGCGACGCUGACUUUUCCUGCGCUGCCGAGCAUUGCUCGGCCACAGACGGCGUGCUGCAACGGCAAGAAUCGUUCAAGCGUGCGCUGUGGUUGCCCCGCGUCGGCGCCGCGUCCACAGCUGAGCCUAGCGGCACUGCUGCGGGAGCAACGUGGCUCUCUGGGCAUACCAGAAGAGCCCUCCAUAAGCGAGGCAGAACAUGGAACGCUUCUCCCCUGUGUGACCCGACCCGCAAAUAACCCACAGGCAUAG